GUUGAAAAUCAGAUUUUUUCAUUCCUUUACUCCAUCUAGCUCUCACUUUUUUUUUCCCUCCCUUGCCUUCUUUGGUGGUGGUGGAAAAGGGAGGCGGAGUAGAAUUUUGGAGGAAGACAGGAAAGCAAAGGAGAAUUGUUCGCUCCUGUAGGAGUACAUCUUCUAAUUGUAGGUAAUUACACUCAAGCCUCACGCCUGCCUUUAGAUUUCAGUGCUCCGGGACCUCCUUAGGAUUCCGCCAGCAGGGACGGACAAAGCACUCUCAGUGCCCUGUGCAACCGAGCCCUCGCAGUCAGGGGGCUGGCUAUAAAUUGACGUGGCAUGGAAAAUCUCGGCUAAGUUACUGGAGCUUGUGUGUUUCUCUAAGAUCAAGCCCGCUCUCCUGAAGCUGUCGCUUGACCAUGGGCUCGAUGCUUCCGCGUAAAAAUGGAUAGAAGAUACUGUCAGCUUUUUGCCGGGAACCCAAAAGUUUUCUCCCUGGAGGUUUAUGGCUUAGCCGUAAACAAAAUCCAAGCAGUUAAGUUGAUGACUUUCUUUUCGCAGCUCCAAGAACAGAAUUUGCAGCGCUUCCCUCUCUUUGCUGCAAUUUAAUUCCUCUCAGAUCUUGCCAUGGGGUGCGGACUUAGAAAACUAGAAGACCCUGAUGAUAGCAGCCCGGGAAAAAUAUUUUCGACACUGAAGAGACCACAAGUGGAAACAAAGACGGACUUUGCUUAUGAAUAUGUAUUGCUGGAUUUUACUUUAGAAGCUUCCUCAAAUCCAGAAGUUAUCAAGAUCAGCUCAAUUCUGGAUAUAGCACCAAAAGUUGAAGAAUAUUACGUUAAAGGCUAUACUGUAGAUGCUGUUCACCCUGUUAUAGUAUCUGUUGGACGAAGAAGACACUUGCCAGCAAGCCAUCUGUAUAGAGUUGUAUUGUCUCGCUUAAAAUUAAGCCAGACACAGACAACACCCAAAGGACAAGCCCGGCCCAGACUUGUAAUCGAGGAAUGUCCCUUGUCGUAUGAAACUCUAACAAAUGAAGGAGCAAAAGGGUUGAUAGAAAAGAUAAACGAAGCUGCUAAAAGAGGAAUGAAAUUUGUUGGAUUUGUAACACAACAUUGUCCUCAGUCUAAAGUUUGCAAUGGCACCAGCCCCGAUGGUGAUGUGGAAUCAGAGUCAAGCCUGUACAGAAUUCAAGAGCACCAGAGACACAACUCAGAUGAAAACUGUAAAAUUUGGAAUGAAGGAACUUUGAGUGGUCAGUCUUCUGAAAGUGGAAUUGAAGAAGAAAUUCAUCAUGAAAGUGGACUCUGGCAAAUGGGAAGAGAAGGAAGUCCUAUUCCCUCCAAAUCAAGAAAAGGAGAAGAUAAUAAAUUAUAUACAGUCUUCAAUGUUUUUGAUGAUGAAUCAACAUGCUGGACCUAUCAAGAAGGCAUUUUAUCAAUGAAAGUCACAAGGAAAGGAUCUGUAAUUAGUACACUAGAUGCUGACUGGCUAGAGCUGACUACAUUUUAUUAUAAACAAGGAUUAUCGUUAAUUGAUUCUUUUGUAUCCUGGGAAACUUCUAAAGAUCAUUUGUCCAAAUCUUUGGAAGGAUUAUUUAUAUAUGAAGAAGAAGGUUCUGGAGUGCCAGGCUCUAACAGGAAAGGAAAUGAUGCUAUUGUAGUAGAACAAUGGACCGUUAUUGAGGGCUGUGAAAUUAAAACUGAUUAUGGUCCCUUACUGCAUACUCUGGCGGAGUUUGGAUGGCUCUUGACGAGUGUACUUCCAACACCCAUAUUAAGACAUGACAGUGAAGGAAAUUUGGCUACAAAGCAGGUUGUAUUUCUUCAAAGACCUGUUAUGUGGAAUUCAGCUGUUCAAACACCAGAGGUUGUUUUUCUUGCUUAGAUUGGUGUCCUUGGCAGAGAUCAUGUGAUGUUAUCUUUCUUCUGAGCAAGAUCAAAGAUGCUGGGACCACUCACUAAAUAAUUAUCAAGACCAGCCAGAGCCCAUAAAGUGUUCUAAAGCAUAGAACAUAUCAUACUGCUUGAGAUCCCCACUUGCACAGGCAAAAAGUUUGUAGAGAAGCAAAGUUUAAAGGCAGGCAGUUAGGUGGCACAGUAAAUAGAGUGCCAAGCCUAGAAUUAGGAAAACUUCUCUUCUUGAAUUAAAAUACAGCCUUAGACAUUUCCUAGAUGUGCCACCCUAGACAAGUCAUUUACCCCUAUUUACCUCAGUUUUCUCAUUUGCCAAAUGAGCUAGAGAAGGAAAUGGCAAAGCACCCUAUUAUCUUUGUCAAGAUAACCCCAAAUGGGGUCACAAAGAAUAAGACAAGGCAGAACAAUAACAAAAAAGUUUAGAGAAGCAUUUUGGCUGUAGGACUAAGCAUAAACUAAAGCAGAUCCCAAUUAACCCCACCUUUCAUCUUGGACUAAGAUCUAAGUGAAAUGGAUAUGGAGUCUGCAGAAACAGACCAGUCCAGUGAUGACAAACCUUUUAGAGACCAAGUGCCCAAACUGCAUCCUCAUGCCACAUGUGAACCCCCACCUUCCCUUAUCCCAGACAGGGGAGGGAGAAAGUGCUCCCAUUGGGCUGCUGGGCAGAGGGGAGGGUGAAGUGAGAAAUGUCCUUAGGCACAAUGGAGAGCAUAAGAAAACAGCCCCCUCCAGCUCACCAUAGGUACCAUAGAUUUGCCAACAUGGAAUUAGACCAUUUACUCAUUGGAUCAUAAAUUCAGAGCUGAGAGGGAGCUCUCAAGGUCCCUUUAGCACUGAGAAGUGUUAAGUCAGCAAGGGCAUCAAAUCCAGACCCCUUAUUUUAGAAAUAAGGCAUCCAAAGCCUACAGAGGUAUGUGACUUGUCCCGAGCCCCCCAGCUGGUAAGUGUCUUAAACAAGAUCUUUGGCUACACAUUACAAAUUGCCUUGUCUGAGCUUCACACCACUAGCCUCUUAACAGAUGCCAGCUGUCUUGUUAUAAUUCCUGUGUGAACAUCUCUUAUGUUUCAGAAGAAAUCCAUGAGGCAGAUAAAAACAAGAGAAGAGAAAAGCAAAGUAACUAGCCGGAGCAUUGGGCUAGACACAGCUACUUCUCGCCCUGCAGAGAGCAGACACCCAUCUGAGGAAUGUCAUCUCUCUCCUUCUCAAGACCCUUGGACCAGAGAAGGGACCCCGGGCCCAUAUAGCAGCUUCUCUGGGGUCAGCAGCAAUGAUAGUGUUCUGAGGGAGCUGGAUGACGGACAAUACGAUCAGGAGGAUGGGGUGACACAGGUCACUUGUAUGUGAGCCUGCAUGUGAUACCUGCAGUCAAUGGACCUGUAAAUAAUCAUGGAGAUUUAAUUCAAUGGUGAAUUAAGUACAUUACUUCAUACAUUUUGAUGUAAGGCUGUGUGAUGCUCCAGUCUUGUGUCUUUUUUCCUUUGUUUGUUGGCUUUGGCUACUGCCCCUAAAUGCAGAACUAUUAUUAGUAAAUUCAUUAGAGUCAUGUUUAUGCUCCUGUCAACUAAGAACAUCUGUUCAGGGCAAGAUGUUUAGUUUUUUAAGAAAUAAUGUCCUUCCAUUUUACGUGUUUGUGUGAAUUCCAUCGUUUGACAUUUCUUAUACUCACCUCAGACAACUACUGUUCAGAAUAACAGUCCUUUGGAAAACUACUUAUCACCCUGCCCCACCCCAAAGGGUCUAAAAAUAGUUCUGAAAUAAAGAAUUUCCUAGUAGUUAUUCUCCUACAUGUAGACAUCCACCAGUUUAUCUUUAGUGCAGCAUGUAUGUACUUUAUAGCAACUCCUAUGCAUUCAAAUAUUUCUGCAAAAAAUGUCCCUUUGUGUACAUCGUUGCUUCACCAAGAAUGCUAUAUUAUUCAAUGAUUUCAUUUAGAUGAGGUACUGCUCUUCUAGACAUCAGAAAAUAACCAUAGCAGAACAACACUCACCAUCUCAAAAUAAAGGAGGGAAAACUUAGGGAGAGUGUAAUUUUUCUUUAUUAAAAAAUCAGAAAAUAACAAAGCAACAAAUGAAAAGCAAAAUUUUCAUCUUUAGAUUUUAAUGAUUUUCUCCUUUUCUUUAUCGAAAUCAAGAAAUCUAUGAAACAGCUUUUUCAGGCCUGGAAAUUCAGCUACUGAAGAGGAUGGGUAUUCAGAACACUUCAGAUAAAAUACUUUGACUUGCUAGUUCCAACCAAUGACUUUUCCUUGGCCCAAGAAAUAUAAAUGGGUGCCUUCACCAUUGCUCAAACUGAGUCUGGGAUAAAUGAAGAUGAAACUCAUGAAAAAGAAUUUUUGUCUACUUGUUGCAGGAGAAAGCAAGACUUGGGAGUCAUAGAAAUGAAGGUAUUAUGGAAUCUUCAAGAGAAUUCCAACUAGCCUAACUUUUAUAGAUUUCUGCCUGUUGUUCAGCUUAACAUCAUUGAUACUGAGUUCUAAAGAAGGUUUGAGUAAUAAAGGGUCAUUUAAUUGGCAUUAAAUUUUUUGAUUUAGUAGAAGAGUAUAGCCAUUGAAUGGAUAUAUAUGUUUAAUAUGUAUUCAUAAAUGAAUGUGUCGCAUAUAAAAAUAUAUGAAAUAAUUGUGUUACAUGAUGGGAAAGAAAGCCCCCCACAAGAAAAUCUAGCAUUAUCCAUGAUGGGUUUAACAUAAAGUUAUCCCAAAUUUUCUUUUUUCUUUUUCAAAACUCCUUUCUGCCUGUCUUAGAAUCAAUCCUGUGUAUUGGUUCCAAAGCAGGAGUUGUAAGGGCUAGGCAGUGUGUGUUAAGUGACUUGCCCAGGGUCAUACAUUUUCAAAAAAGAAAAGAAGAAAAAAUUUCCCUGCAUCAAAACCUUCACAAUGAAUUACUCUUCCAGAAGCUUAGUAUAGAAUAUUCAGCCUUGCUGCUUUUGUAUGCAUAACUAGAGAUAAUAUUAACAGAAACAUGUCAGGUUGUUUAGAGGAUAAUAAUAGCUAGCUAGCAUUUACAUAGCAUUUUAAGGUUUACAAAAGCACUUUACCAAGAUUAUUUCAUUUUAUCCUCACAACAACCUGAGAGGUAGGUGCUAUUAUAUUAUCUCUAUUUUACCUCAGAUGAGGAAACUGAGAUAGAUAAUGGUUAAAUGACUUGGCCAAGGUAGCAUGAGUAGUAAGUGCCUGAAAUUGGAUUUAAACUCAGAUGUUCCUGACUCCAGGUCUCGUGCUCUAUCUAGUGAACCAUCUGGCAUCUGAAAUAAAUAUGCAAGAGUUAAUGGACUUUCAUAGGAGUCUUUUAGAGUCUUCAAGAUGUCCUAAAGUUUUGACAUGAUUUUAAAAAAUCAGUUACCAAGUCUUCACCAUUCCACCUUUACAAUAUCUCUUGAAUCCAUCUCUUUCAUUCUACUCCCAGGGAAAUUCCCCUAGAUCAGGACCUCAUCACCUCUCACCUGAUCUAUUGCAAUAAUAUCCUCAAUGGUCUCCCUGCCUUAAAUAUUUCUCCUCUCCAAUCUAUUUUCCACAUACCUGCUAGAUAUUCUUAAAGCACAGGUCUAACCAUAUGACUGUCCUGCUCAAAAAGUUCCACUGGCUAUUCCACUAUUCCACUAUUGCCUCUAGGACAAAUAUAAACCUUUCUGUUUAAAACCCUUCACAGUCUGGCUUCUGCCUUUUUUCUGAGCUCAUCACACAUCUGCUACACAUCAUAAACUCCACAGUCCAGUCAAACUGAUUAUCCAGUCAAAGUGACCUUGCUAUUGCCUGUACAAGACAUUCCACCCCUAGCUAUGUACCUCUUUGGAAGGUCGGAGCCAAGAUGGAGGCUUAGUAACAACUCCUAUCUAUGUACCUCUUUGAACAAAUGGUCCUCUAUGCCUGAAAUGUUCUCCCUCUUUACCUCAGCCUUUCAGAUUCCCUAGGUUCCUUCCAGGCUCAAUUCAAGCCCUAUCUCCUAUGGAAGACCUUUCCUGAUACCUCCCAAUUAUUAGACCCCCUCUACCUGUAAAUUCAAUCACACUGUAUUUGCUUUGUAUAUAUUUUGUCAGUAUUUAUCUGUAUACUUGUCCAUCUCCCCUUCAUCACCACAGGGUAGAAUGUAAGCUCCUUGAGGGCAAGGACUGUUUUUGCUUUUGUCUUUGUAUCCCCAGCUUAAGCAUUAUUUAGGAGGCACUUAAUCAAGACUCAUUAAAUAAAUAAAAGAAUGAAUAGACUACA